UCAUCGUGACCAAUCAUGUGGGAGGAUGUUUUUCUAUGUCGCUUUGCAGUGGUCCCUGGUAACGCAGAUUCUGGCGGCUUGGGGAGUUCUGUGAACCGGCUUGUCAAUUUCCCCUCCUUCCAUUCUCUCGGCUGUUCCCCCUAGAGCGUCGACAGUGUUCGGGGCUAUCCGUCCUGGAGGAAUAAUAAUGCCGGUCCGCACCGAGUCUUGCAGCAACGGCUCUGCGGCCUUGAUCCCCUCGGCUUCACUUAUUCCGCCGCCCCCGAUCAACACGCAGCAGCCCGGCGUCGCCACCUCACUCCUCUACAGCGGUUCCAAGUUCCGCGGGCACCAGAAGAGCAAAGGCAACUCAUACGAUGUGGAGGUAGUGCUGCAGCAUGUUACCAAGGAAGACUCUUAUUUGUGUGGGUACCUGAAGAUCAAAGGACUUACAGAGGAGUACCCAACGCUUACCACAUUUUUUGCAGGGGAAAUAAUCAGUAAAAAACAUCCUUUUUUAACACGAAAAUGGGACGCAGAUGAGGAUGUAGACCGUAAACAUUGGGGGAAGUUUCAGGCUUUUUAUCAAUAUGCAAAAACAUUUAACUCUGAUGAAUUUGACUAUGAAGAACUAAAGAACAGUGACUACGUCUUCAUGAGGUGGAAGGAACAGUUUUUAGUCCCCGAUCACACAAUCAAGGACAUCAGUGGUGCUUCUUUUGCAGGGUUUUAUUACAUCUGCUUCCAGAAAUCCACAGCUACCGUUGAGGGCUAUUACUACCACAGAAGUUCAGAAUGGUACCAGUCCUUAAACCUCACCCACGUUCCUGAACACAGUGCCCCAAUAUAUGAGUUCCGGUGACAGUGGCAGUUUUGGACCAUCAUCGGAGAAUGGAAUGUUCAGAUUCCAGGACUGUUCUGAAAAUAAUGUAAACAAACUGUUGAUCACGAUAAAGGACAUGCCAGUCUUCUGUGCUGAAAGACGGCAUUGUCUCCCAGGAGUGUUUAGCGCACGACUGACCAAGCUGGAAUGUGAGAACCAGGAUGGACGGGGCAGUUUUAUUUUUUUUAUCUGGGUUUUUAAAGCUACUUUUGUUUAUUCGCACUCUUCAGCGAUCUCUCUGCUGUAGAUUUUGGGUCCUUCAGUUGUUUUCCAUAACAGAAAAGAAAGAAAGAAAGAAAGAAAGAAAAGCAGUGAAUGGUGCCUACAGUCUUCUGUUCUCCCUGUGCACAUUUUAGUUGCGACUGUGCGUCAUGGAAUAAUUCACUUUUUAUGUUUAAAAGCAUGACACGUUUAUAUUAUAAGUUAGCACCAAAUGUGUUAAGGCUGCAAAGCAGUCUAUCUGAUUUGCGCCUUAAGGACUUUUUCAUUAUUGCUUAGAAAAUAAAUUGGUAGGGCUUGCUUCUCAAGAAACCUUCAUAACUAAUUUUGGGGUUUAGAAAUAAUUCCCUCAUGUUUUAACCGUGUAGAGGCUUCAGAAGCUUUGUGGUCUUGAAAUGUAUCCACCCUUCCCCCUCCCCCAUUUAUAUUUGUGAUCUGUUUGAAAUGGCCUGAGAUUGCCUAUCCAGGAUGUCAUGGUAUGAUGAUGGUGGUGGUUAUGUAUCUUAUUUUACUUAAUUUUUAAACAAAGAAAAGCUUUUGAGGUGUAAUGCUGACAAUCUGAAAAGAAUCGCCAGUUACCAGUCCAUAUAGGCAUUCAUUUUAAGGUUCUUGGACCCGUGCUGAGUAACAUGUUUUUUUUUUUUAUUUACAUUUCAUCUAUGCAUUGUAAUACUUACAAGCACUGUGGAAAUACUGAUAUUUUCUGCUCCUUUAUGCAUAGUUUUAUUUAUCGUAAUUAAUUUUUAGAAACUGGUAUCAAGGCAAGGUAUUAAUUAAAAUGUUUGCCUUACAAAACCCAUUUUAUUUAAAACGCUAAUCAGCUAUUAUAUGUUAAUUCUUAGUGCUUAGCGAACAGCACAGUUUGCACUAAGGUGGGGAUUUGCUGUUUUAAUUGAUACAAAUAAUACUUAGAGGUGUGGCUGAUGAUCAAAUUACAUUUAAAUAGCACUGUAGAGAUUCCAUUCUUUAAUAGAGAUUUAUCAGGACACAUCCACUUUUGCAUGGGAUUGUGUGUUUAAAAUUGGCACGCUAUGGUUUAUUUCCACAAUCUCACCUGUAAACCUACUGCCUUCAUUUUAUUUUGAAUGAUUACAGUACUUUCACAAAGGUGGCUGAAUGUGUUAUCAAAUCCAAUCAACUGAGUGUUUGUUUGUUUUUUUAAACUAAGCUUACAAAUUGUUGACGUUUUAGGAAUUUAAGCAAGUUUUCUCCUGUAUAUGUUUUUGCAUCACGUUAAAUUGUCAAAAUGUUCCAGAAACCCAAACUAUAGGUACAACUCCUACACCCACUUUUCCUAUUAUAAGCUAGUGCAGGUGGAAGUUAAAUUCUGCUCUACCUACCUCAAGAAUCAAUGAAUAAGUGCCUCUUUAUAUUGACUGCUAACAGGUGACAGCAGAGAAAAUAAGUUUGCCUGGUGUUCAACUAUAAAGUGUAUAUAUAGAGAAUAUAUAGAUUUAAAAAAGAAUAAAGAUUGAUGCAUUUUAAGCUUUGUCACAUCUGAGCAGACUGCUAUAAAAGUGUUUUACAUAUCAUUCAAUCAGUAACACGACACAGUCCAACUAUGUGCUUAUUAAUUUAAAAUCAACAAUUUAUUAUCUGAACUUUAAUUUUUAUUUUAUUUUUUUUUUGGGGGGGGGGGGGCCUUGUGGACAUUCAUAGGGACCCCUUGAAUGAAUAACAAUGGGAACUGUAUUCAGACCAACACUAUUGGUUGAUUGCUGUAGUUUACCAACCUUCACAGAGAUUAAUUGUAUACAGGAACAAUUAUUUUCUUCAAUGCAUAAGUUACUGUAUAAAAUACAUACACAUGUAAAUAUGGAACUACUUCGUUUGUCUCUCUCUCUCUCUCUCUCUCUCUCU